AUGAAGAGCCCGGGGUGCAUCAAAGACGUUCAAAGGUUGACAGGGAGGCUCACCGCGCUAUCACGGUUCCUCGGGGCGUCGGCUGCCAGGGCGCUACCAUUCUUUAACCUAAUGAAAAAAGGGAUAGCAUUUGAAUGGACCCCGGCGUGCGAAGAAGCAUUCAAGCAUUUCAAAGAGAUUCUUGCAACACCACCCAUUCUUGGGAAGCCUAAGGUCGGAGAACCACUAUACCUGUACUUAGCCAUAACGGAUGAAGCGAUGGCGGCGAUUUUAGUGCGAGAACAAGGGAAGAUCCAACAACCAAUUUACUUUAUGAUCAAAGCGCUGCAAGGAGCAGAAUUGAGAUACAGCAAAUUAGAGAAGUUGGCACUUGCGCUCCUGACCUCUUCCCGUAGAUUACGACAAUACUUCAAGGGUCAUCAAGUGGUCGUAAGGACAGACCAGGGAAUCCGCCAGGUACUCCAGAAACCCGACUUAGCGGGAAGAAUGAUGACUUGGGCUAUCGAGCUAUCCCAGUAUGACUUGCAGUAUGAAUCCAGGCAUGCGAUUAAGGCGCAGGCCAUGGCCGAUUUCUUGGUAGAAGUAACGGGGGACCCAACCGAGGCAACGAACAUACGGUGGAAGCUCCACGUGGACGGGGCCUCAAACCAAACGUUCGGAGGUGCCGGGAUCAUCCUGGAAAGCCCAGCCAGAGUCAUAUAUGAACAGUCGAUCAAGUUCGAGUUUCCGGUGUCAAACAAUCAAGCGGAGUACGAGGCCCUUCUGGGCGGCUUAAUCCUGGCCAGGGAGGUCGGAGCCACAAGGCUAGAGGUGUGCAGUGACUCGCAGGUUGUUACCUCUCAGGUCAAUAGGACCUACCAGGCUAGAUAUUCACUGUUACAGAAGUAUCUGGAGAAGGUCAAAGAGUUGAGCAAUCAAUUCGAGGAGGUCACGAUCCAACACGUUCCGAGGGAAAGGAACACACGGGCAGACCUCCUGUCCAAGCUAGCAAGCACAAAACCAGGGGCCGGCAACCGGUCUCUCAUUCAAGGUUUGGUAAAGGAACAAUCUGUGGUCCUGCAAUUGACUCAAUCAGAACCCUCUUGGAUGAACCCGAUCAUUGAUUUUCUGGAGAAGGCAAGGCUCCCCAGUGACGACAAGCUGGCCAAAACGAUAAGGUGGGAAGCGGCCAAGUAUGCAAUCAUACAGGGCCAGUUGUUUAAAAAAGAAAUCAGCCAACCCUUGUUGAAAUGCCUGCAUCCCGACCAAACAGACUAUGUGCUCAGAGAGGUCCAUGAGGGGUGCUGUGAUCACCAUAUCGGGGGCAAAGCUUUAGCAAGAAAGCUCAUCAGAGCAGGGUAUUACUGCCCAUUGAUGAUGAGGACUCCAAAGAAUUCGUAA